CAAAAGGCUGCUCAGGGAACCUCAAAUUUUGUAAAUAGUUCGCUCAACCUAUAAUCUUCAGUUAAUUAAAUCACUUUUGCUUUGUUUGUUUCAGAACUUUAAACAGUCGCGCCAAAGGCCAAGAUGAGCGAAAAGUCAGAUUCCCCUGUUUACUUGAUCAAGAAGCGUAUGCGAGAUGGAACUGAAAAAGUAUACGUGUGUAACCGUAGCAAUCUCCGACGAAGCCUGAACCUCACUUUUUCUGAACCCUCGGAGAUGACUGCUUUUGACGACUUGAUAAAGCAAGCCAAAGCCGUUAAUAGGUGUGACUCGUUGUCAGCUGUGAUAAUCAAGGCGCUGCGACGAUUUCUUGAAACACGGAAUUCAGAAGAACGAUCGUCGAAUGCUGUGUGCAACACACCGAAGCCGCUGCAUCAAGAAGCGGAAUCGCGCGCGAUCACGCCUGACCCUGUAGGGGAUCCAUGCCUAGUUGUUUGCGACAAAGCCGCGCUAUGGAAUGUCAUUCAGACUGUAGAGAAGCAUAGUUCAGAGUGCAAGGAAAGUCUUAUUUUGGAGAAAGUGACCGCCUGGGGUUUCGCAUCACGAAUACAUUGUAAGUGUAUUAACCAUUCACUGGUGCUCAACACAAGCACGGUUGUCGGUUCCGUCCGGGCUGUAGACUGUUUGCUGACGGUGGCGUAUGCCUCCUCUGGAGUUCUGGCGACGCAGUUUGAAAAGUUUUGCAAUUUUAGCAAAUUGCCAUACUCCCCUCGCACUGUGGAGAAAUUGCUUGUAGAUAUCGAAGGUGCUGUAGAGUUGCUCAAGCUUGAAAGCCUGGCAGCCGCGCAAGAGGGCGAAUCAAGGGCCACCGAGCAACAUGACCCCACUUCGACAGCAAUUAGUGUCGAGACUGAUGCUCGGCACGCUUGCCGGAAGAACUCCACUCACACAGAUGUCGUCGCGCUUGGCCAAAUGACCCACAAAGUUGUAGGGAUUGUUCACGUAAGCAAAAAGGAUGAACUAUCUUCCCAAAAGCACGAAGCGUUCGGUACCAAAAAGCUGUACGAGUACUUCGAUUCUAAAAAGAUCUCCGUGCUAGAUCACGCACACGACCGCAACACCACAGUCAAUAAAAUAAUCAGAGAAAAAAACGGGCCAUCCAACUCCAACGACCGCUGGCACGCUGCGAAGAGCCUCAAGAAAGGAUUUCUUGCAAUUUCAUCUGGACCGAAGAGGAACGAGGGCAAGACAUGGCACGUGGAGCUGUCCGACAAGUGCCAAGCGGUCCGUAACCACGCGUACUAUGCUAUGGCCGCUUGUGAGGGGAAUCCAACCAAGCUAAGAGAUAUUUUCAUAAACUGCGUAAACCAUUUUGAAGGUAAACACGAGAAAUGCAGCGAGGAAUCAAUUUGCAAAGAAAAUGGACAUGUCCCGACAACGCUGCUCGUGAAAGACCCGCUAGCGUCGGAACUUCUAACAAAAUUUCUGAAAUCAACAACCAUCUACAAGAACGCGGAAGAUUACGUAAAGUCGAAGGAUACAUUCUAUGUAGAGUCAUUCAAUAAUACUAUGCUAAUUUACCUCCAGAAGAGGAUUCAUUACCAGGACAGAAGCUACAAACUGAGGCAGAGCUUGGCACUCCUAGACUGGAAUGAGCAUGUUGGGCGAGGCUACACUUCACGUUACUCUAUUGAGGACUGUCGUCAUCCAGACCGGCAAGGCGGGAAAAGGAAGUACUUCAGGAAGACAUACAGCUUCGUUCAAAAGAUUCGGGAGUUGGUACUUCGGUCUGCUGCCCUGGGAGAUGCCAGCACGGUGAAUGACGACUCCCUUGUGAAUGACGAGAGUGUAUAACUUAUAGCUCGGGACAUCACUGGACAAGGGACAGAAAAAGCCAUUCCGCGGACUCAAAGAUGUACCUGUAAUUAUUAUGCAAAUAUACAAUUUUCAUGACAAUCUUUUGUCG